AGGCGUACGUUGUCAGGGUUUGACGGGUUCUUUAAAAGGGGAGAGCAAACAAGCAUCAGAUAUGGAACCAGUUCUUUUUAGAGAAAAUACGUCCUGCAGUUUGUGAUACCCUUGUAGUUGCUAAAAUGGUUGUGGCGUUUGCAAUAUGUCUAAGGGUUUUUUCAGUGGGUUGUCUGCUGGUUGGAGCUGCUGUCUGUGCUCCUGUAUUCCAAGGUGACUCUGGUAACUCAAUGGGAAACAUCUUCCCUGGAUCCAGCCCCCGACUUGCACCACAGAAGCAGACUGAGAAGCCCACCAGCAACAUGGUCACUCAGAAACCGCCUAACCCAAGGGGCUUGAAGCAUGGUAAUGGCAUCUUCGGUCUUGCAAGGAACAGCAAGUCACCUUAUCUGUCCAACAAGAACAUGAAACCCUCAUCUAGCUCUGGUAAUGCCUUCCUGUUGCAUAAGCGUGCCAAAAUUCCGCAAGCUGGUCAGUCCACUCACACUGAGUUGAAUGCUGAAGUGGAUAACUGUGACAGCGGUGACGCAACCGGGUGUGGGGGCAACUGCAUUCACCCAUCUGGGUGCUACGCGGCCCCUGACGACAGCGGUGGGGUCAGCUGCACUGACUCAGCCGGGUGCGGUACAGACAUGGACGCUGAGAGCGGUGGGGUCAGCUUUGAGAGCGGCGACCCAUCCAGCUGCGGUAAGGACACUGGCGGCACAAGCACCAGCAACGAGAGCGAUGGUGCGGUGAGCUUUGAGAGCGGUGACCCAUCCAGCUGCGGUAAGGACACUGGCGGCACAAGCACCGACAACGAGAGCGCUGGAACUGACAGCGGCAGUAGUGAGUACCAUCCAGAUGGUGGUGCUGAGGCCUCUCAAGAAACCACAGGCCUGAGGAAACGCCCCUUCUCAAAUGUCCGAUCCAAGUACCACAGCAGAAAAUUUGUUUUCUCCCAAAUGCGCUAUACCCCUGGGGAGUUCAAAACCCAUCGUGGCCAUAACCCUUUCCUGGUGUACUGGAGUCACUAGACCAGAG